CAGGCUCGGCCCACAGGGGGCGUGGCUCUGUGCUGUGACGGGGUUCGGAGCUCCGUCUGCGGGCUCGCCUCUCUGCGGCUCCGGCUGCCUGCGCUCCGGUGCUCCUCUCGGGUCCAGCAUGGCUGUGAGCUCGGUGCUCCGCGGCCUCCUGCUGCUCCUCUCCGCCUCCUGGCUGCACGCGGCGUCCCGCAGAGGACCGAGGGUCACGGAGAAGGUCUUCUUUGACGUGACGGUGGGGGGUCACGAGGUGGGACGCAUCGUCAUCGGCCUGUUUGGAGAGGUCGUCCCUCAGACUGUCAAUAACUUUGUCAUCCUUGCAACUGGAGAGAAAGGUUACGGCUACAAAGGAACCAAGUUCCACAGAGUUAUCAAGGACUUUAUGAUCCAGGGAGGAGACUUCACCGCUGGUGAUGGAACCGGAGGUCACAGCAUCUAUGGAACAACUUUUGCAGAUGAAAACUUCAAACUGAAACAUUUAGGAGCCAGCUGGGUGAGCAUGGCCAACGCCGGCCCGGACACCAACGGCUCUCAGUUCUUCAUCCUGGCUGCCAGGGCGCCGUGGCUGGACGGGAAGCACGUGGUCUUCGGCAAAGUUCUGGACGGGAUGACUGUGGUUCACACCAUCGAGCUGCAGGACACCAACGACAGAAACCUGCCGUACACGGAGUGCGUGAUCGUCAACAGCGGCAGGAUCGAAGUCAAAGAGCCCUUCGUCGUGGAGGUGGACGGCUGGUAGCGCCACAGCUAGUCUGUCCAGGCUAACAGAACUGCUGAUCGGCUCCACAUUGAGGCUGUGUCACGCUGCCACUACACACAUUUAGCGCAUUUUCCAAAAUUUCUGUCUUUCGUGAUACAUGCGAGGUAUACGUAAUUCAUACGUGUUCGUCAGUGUGGGUAGAUGUUCGUCGAGGGUUUUGGCUGACGAGUCUUUAUGUGAAUUCGGUUUGGAGACGGUCAAAAGUUUUGGCAUUUUACGUAGUUUAUACUUAAUAAUUAUUUAAAUCUUGUGUAGUUGUGUGUGAUUUCUCUCCCCAGCUGUGGUUCACUCCGGGGGUCCCUCCCUGGUGGGCUGCCUCGACCAGGGAGGAUAUUAGAAAAGAUAUUUCUGACGCCACUUACACUUCACAAAACCCUUCAAACGGAGGGGAAGGGUGAAGGGAAGAAUUCGGAUUGGGCCAUAGAACUGGCGCUGACCAGAGGAAUCCAACUGUUUAAUCAAAUCAUCGCGAGCGACUGAUGUGAUGUGAUUCCUGCCUGGUACUCUGAAUGUCAAAGUGAAGAAAUUCAAUGACGUGUGGGUUUACGUGUUCUUUGUGGGGUUUAUUCGUACUUCUUCCGUGGUUUUAAUGUGGGUUGUUCAUGACAUAUCUGUUAAUAUUUCACAUAAAGACCACAACUUUUCUCACUUUAACCACUUAAUUAAUGAUUGACCGAUCUUUACCCGUGCUCAGAAUGUACGUAGUGGCAGUGUGACGCGACCAUCAAACAGUCAAAAUCACGUUUUACUACAAACGUACGCCAAAAUGCUAACCUCCUCCAAAUGUUGUUCUAGGAGGCUUUAAAACCACUAACUGACAUGAAAAUAUCAGGAAAAAAAUGUAUGCUAAUGCUAAAUGCUAAUUCUGAGCAUGCUAAUGUUUACUAGCUUAAAAUUCCACUGUAUGAUUUCUCUUUAAUGUUUCCGGGAAUUUAUUAAGUUAUUCAGAGAAAUGCAUGAUGGGGUUUUACAACAAAAGGGUGGGGUUAGCUUAGCAUCUUUGUAUACCGACAGGACAACUUUGUGAAACUUUCUUUUUUUCACAGAAACUUGCAGCUUUAAACUUUUGAAACACAUCCUGUUGUGAAACUUUUGCUGCUGUUCCUCACACCUCGUCCCGACUCGGACACAAAGCAGUCUGAUGAUGCUGUGAGGACACAAACCUCUUUUAAACCUGAAACACACUUCCUUUAAGGCCACGACUGAUCCUGUUGGCAGCAAAAAACCAUCAGAUCUGAGCUCAGUUAGCUGUUCAGUAUUGCCUUUCCUAAGUUUUAGCAUGAAAGUAGAAGUUACAACCUUGAUUUAUUGAUAAAAAUAUAUAAAUCUAUGGCAAAGAAAACUUGACCGUCAAGAUGCCAAAUCUAGUUAUUUUGCCAAAAAAACCAAACCGACUGUAUGCAUCUAAUCCUCACAUAUCAGCUUCAAAGGCUGCUCACAUUUAUAUGCAAAAACUGAUGCAACAUAUCCUCUUUGCAAAAAUAAGGACAGCACAAAUUGCACAAAAGUAUAAAACAAUGGAAUUCUUGUUGAAGCUGAAGGGUUUUGUAGCAGCAAUGACUCCUCUUGUUUCUCCAAGGUUUAUGUAGCAUGUGAAAACUCUCAAACAUAUCAGAAUAUCUGUGUCUUGCUUUUCGUUCAUGAAUAAUUGUGCCAACUCGUGUCAAACUGCAGUAAAGGUGCUGCUGAUGUUCAGUUUGUCCUGGCUCAGUCCGGUUUGAGUUCACCAAAUAAAUCCAUUCUAACAUGAA